UAUAUCUGGUCUCCACAGACCCUGCAUUUACUAUAUCCUCCCACAGUACACAGAACAUGGAAAUGCAAUUAUUUUAGUAAAUAUAAACUGCUAAAUACCUUUUUCUCAUCAGCCAUAUAUAGCAGUCUUGUGACUUCUAUCAGAGUUCAGCAGAGCACUGAUUAAAGCUUGUAGGAGGAGGAGUUUCUUUCUGCACUAGGAGGAUAUGAAACCCCUGACCCUCUGUCUGGACAGUGCUGAUUGGCCCUGCAGUGAUCAUAUGCACUCUCCCUGGAAAAAAAAAAAAACAAAAAACCUCUAGCAAUACACACCAAACUGAGCAU